AAUAGCCCACCUCGCAUUUAAAAGGAAAAUACAACUCAUUGAAGAACUGUGAUGCAAAUCUUUUCAAGCAACUAGUGUUGUUCUGUUGUGUAUGCGUGAAGAAUAUGUCGUAUCAUGCCCGAAAAAGAUGAUUUAGGAUAGAGAAACUUUACUUUGAAAUACAUCACCAGAACAUUAAACGCUUUAUGCUAGUGUGAGUUCUCCAGAGGCUAACGUGUAAUUUAAGUUCAUGAAAGCAUGUACUGGAGGGCUGACAGUAGAAACUGAAACCUGGACCGUUUGUGUUGUGAGUCGGAGUUACAGCCCAUCCGCUGGAAGCUGCUGGUUGGUUCUCUGGUCAGGGCAUCACUAUGGCAUCAUGGAUAUUUCAUAUGUUUAUGAUGAUGCUGUCUACCUUCAUCAGCUGCAGCCAAAGCAAGAGGGACAAAGUCCUCUACUGUUCCGCUUGUAAGGCGAUUGUGGAUGAGCUGAACUACUCAAUCAGUCAGGUGGACCCAAAGAAGACCAUUAAUGUAGGGAGCUUUAGACUCAACCCUGAUGGGACCAUGACAGACAAAAAGGUCCCCUUUGCUCGCUCGGAAACGCACCUCAGUGAGCUCCUGGAUGGGGUGUGCAACAGCAUGAGUGACUAUGCCCUCUACAUUGACCCGGACACCCACCACAAGCAGUACAGGAGAUUUGCUCCAAGAGUCAGUGGAUCCUCAGAAGACUUCCCAGACUUUGAAAACUUCAAGUUUGAUGGACCUGAGGCAUCCAAUAACCUGAAAUUUGCUUGUGAGACACUGGUGGAGGAGCUGGAGGACGACAUCAUCUCUUUGCUUGGCCGGGAUGAAGGAGACGUGCAGGAGAAGUUAUGCAGCCGAGUCUCAGCUCCACAUGUGGCAGAAAUGGUGUGUGCAGAUCCCCGAGGAGAUCUGGAGAAGGUCACAUCGGGGUUGCAGAGGAGGAAACAAACAAUGGCGGAGAGCAAAAAGGAAGAAACAACAGAGGCUUAUGGAGAAGAGAAGUUAUAAGCUGUUUCUCCCCUCUGUUGGAUUACUGUAAAGACGACAGUCAGCCAAAUGACGAGCUGUAGUGAUUGAAAUCACUUCUGCCUUGGUCUUGGAGUGAACAACUUUUCAAAGAUAAUUUUGAAACUCAGAAAAUCAUUGUACCAAUUAACUUUUGUAAACAAAUAAAAUAUAAAAUGUUGAGAGAACACA